GCUCCAUCUGGCUCGAGCUCUGUUCUCCGUUGUGUUUUCUGAGCGAGAACAGCUCUGGACGGCGAGGAGGAAAGCAAGUCUCUAGACCUGAUGGAAUUGAAAGAAGAAAGUGAAGAACUAACUGAAGUGCAUCAGUAUCAUGAUCAAAAAACAACUUGCAGAACAGGAACUGACUCUCUCAUCUGUCUUCAGUGUGGGAAGAGUUUUACCAAGAAAGCUCACCUGAAGGAUCACAUACACAUCCACACCGGAGCGAGACCUUUCAGGUGCAUUCAGUGCGGGAAGGAUUUCACACAGAAAACAAACCUGAAGGAGCACUUGAGAAUACACACUGGAGAGAAACCCUUCACGUGCCAGCAGUGUGGAAAGAGCUUUACGCAAACAGGCCAGCUUAAAAAUCACUUACGAAUUCACACCGGAGAAAAGCCUUACGCGUGCCAACAGUGCGGACGGAGUUUCAAGCAAAAAGGCCAGCUGAGAAACCACAUCAAAACGCACUCUGGCCAACGGCCUUACAUCUGCUUACAGUGCGGGAACAGUUUUUUGCACAAAGGCACCCUUAAGGGUCACAUACGGAUCCACACUGGAGAACGAUUGUUCAUGUGCUCUCACUGCGGGAAGAGUUUCACACGGAAAGACAUCUUGAAGAAUCACCUGCGCAUUCAUUCCGGAGAAAAGCCUUUCAUCUGUCUUCAGUGCGGGAAGAGUUUCACGAAAGCAGAGUAUCUCCGGAUCCAUCAGCAGCACUCUCAUUCCCAAGAACGACCGUUCGACUGCCGUCAGUGUGGGAAAAAAUUCAUUUCUGCACUACAGCUAAAAAGGCACUUGAAGACCCACGCGGAUGAGAAGUCGCACCCGUGCUCUUUUUGCGGGAAGACUUUUUCCAUGCCGGAAUAUUUGAAGAAGCACGAGAAAAUACACACCGGUGUGAAAGCUCAUGUGUGCUCCGAGUGUGGAAACAUGUUCUCCACCGUCACCUUCUUGAAAGUGCAUCAGAGGACCCACACUGGAGAGAAACCGUAUGCAUGUGCUCACUGCGGGAGGCGUUUCACUCACUCCAGCACUUUAAAGAGACACGAGAGAAUUCAUACUAGAGAGAAGCCCUAUCACUGUGCAUCAUGUAUGAGGAGUUUCACUGCAUCUAAUUCUCUACUCCGACACAAAUGCUGCCAGAAGCUUCCGUCUCAGUGA